UUAUCACCAUUCAUUGGUUAUAACGCUCUCAUGUAGGUAUCCAUUACCCACAUUUCUGGAAGCCUCUUACAGGGCUCUGGCAAGCCGUUCGGCAUCACCAUAUGACAGGCUGACAACAAGAGAUUUGGUUUCAGGGGUAAUAAAGAGUCUGGGACUGUCCACCUGUCCUGAAGUACAUGACUCAGAGUUCUAUAAGGGUCUUAAGCAACCAGUAGCCUUGACCGCAAUCCCCCUUUAGAUUCGGCAACAACAGUUAUUUCCUUUUCUACCGGUCAGAAGGGAUCAUGACCUGAGGACAUUGCUGUGUCUCAUUCCCUAUUAGUUCAGUGCUUUUUACCGAGGCUCAUUGGGUUGUGGUAAAAAGUAAGGAUGGACGCCUUGUGAGAAAAACACUGAGUACUGAGGUUAAAAUCACACAACAUGUCUGACACUGAAGAUGUCGAGGAAGUGCAGGAGGAAGAAGAUGGAUCCAAACCUAAACCAAAGUUUAUGACAAACAUCUCGGCACCAAAGAUGCCAGAUGGGGAGAAAGUGGAUUUUGAUGACAUACACAGGAAGCGUCAGGAGAAGGACCUGUCUGAGCUCCAGUCUCUAAUCGAGACUCACUUCAUCCAAAGGAAGAAGGAAGAAGAGGAGCUCAUUGCUCUUGUCAACAGGAUUGAGAAACGUCGUGCAGAGAGGGCAGAACAGCACAGAGUCCGUGCGGAGAGGGAGAAGGAGAGGCAGACCAGGAUUGCAGAGGAGAAAGAGAGGAAAGAGGCAGAGGAGCAACGCAGGAAGCAAGAUGACGAUGCCAAGAAAAAGAAGGUUCUCACCAACAUGACCCACCAAUAUGGAGGCAUCCAGCAGAAGAAUGAAAACCGCAAAGGAGCCAAGAAACAGACCGAGAGGGAGAAGAAGAAGAAGAUCCUGGCCGACCGCAAAAAGCCUCUAAACGUUGAGAGUCUGAAUGAAGAGAAACUGAAGGAGAAGGCCAAUGAGAUGUGGAAACAGCUGAUGAAUCUGGAGGAAGAGAAGUUUGACCUAGCUGAUAAACUAAAGAAGCAGAAGUAUGAUAUCAACCAGCUUCUCACUCGGGUCAAAGACCACCAGAGUGCAAAAGGUCGCGGCAAGAAGAUGGGCCGGAUGAGGUAAAGGAGUGUCCCCCAGAGACUGGGGCAAAGCAGCGUGACUCCAGAGACCCGGGGUCCCUGAGGAAGCAGCGUGACUACAGAGACCCGGGGUCCGUGAGGAAGCAGUGUCUGUAUUCUUUUGUGCUGUUCUGUCUGGCAACGCAUCCAAUUGUUCCACUGUAUAUCAGAGUAAAAAUAAGUAGUGUCAAUAAAUGAGUUCUUCCAACACUGA